AUGUUUAAAUUUUCUUGUUUUCAUGUUAGUCUCCACAACAACAAGGCAAAGAAAAUAACUCAACCUUCUACUGAAACAAUGGCAAGAGUUUUGCGAGAUAGUUCCAAAAUUUCAGUCAGGAAAGAUCCGUCUAUCGCUAAGAACUUAGGUUCAUCACUUUCAAAACAGCAAUCGAGUAUGCUAAUGAAUGUCUCCGAGCAUGAUAUUCUCGACCAGGAUUCAAUUGAGCAUGUUGGUAAGUUAGAGGAUCUCAAUAAGUUUAGCAUUGAAUUUGACGGAAAAGUUCGCCAAACUGGGCGUCUUAGGAAAAGUCAGUCGGAAAGUGUGCUUUGCCAAGUCAUAACUGAGGGUGAUCAAGGUCUGGAGUUUUCCAAAAGCCUCAAUGACUCCCCAAAUUCAAGUUGCAGCCCUAAUGAUCAAUGCAAAACGAAUUCAAACUGCGAGUUUCAAGUCAUUCCUGGUCGUGACAAUGAUGGCUCAGGUUUUUCAAUUGGAGAUCCGACACAUUCGGAUAUGGAUGCUCAUGAAAUUUCUGAUACUCCAUUAUCUGGCGAUCUUCCUGGCGGCUCCACUGAACUGACUUCUGGUCCCAGUUCACCUACUUUAAGGAGGUCGCGUUCCUUACCCAAUUUCAAAGCUCCUACGCUUUCAUCUGGAAAUAUUCGUACUUUUAAACAUGCAUCAUCAAUGUCAAGAUCUUCCGACGAUCUUUGUGCUUUAGGCCUGAGGAAGAAAGAUGUGUAUAUCAGCGUGUCUUAUGAUCAAAUAGGGGAAACUCAAGAAAAAGAACGUAGUAUGGAAAAAACUGAAGAUUUUCGUAUGGACAGAUACUUUGAAGACGGCUUUGAUUCUCAUCUCCUUUCUGGCUUACCAAAGGACCGGAUAAUGCCAAUUACAGACGAUAUAAGUGAUGUUGAGCCCCUUCAAGGAGAUUCCCCAGGUGAAUUUCCUAACGAGGAUUUUAAGGUUAAGCGUAUUGAGGAUUGGGUAAUCGGUCUGCAGCAAUGUGCACCACCUCUAGAGGAUAUAACUGAAUUGCCUGAACCUGUUGAUCCCAUAGUUGAUGUUAACCCCCCAAUUGCCGUGACUCCUUCUGUUGUGGAUCAUAAGACCUCUCCAGGAAUGGAAGCAGCUAAAAGAUAUAUUUCUUCUUUAACUGCCAAUGCCUCUGCAGCUCAGCUAGCAAAUCAUGGGUUGGUUGUGAUCCCCUUUUUGAGUGCAUUUGUGAGUUUGAAGGUGCUCAAUUUGUCUGGAAACGGGAUCGUAAAGAUAACUGCUGGUGCUCUUCCUCGAGGACUUCACACGUUGAACUUGUCAAAAAACAAUAUCUCCACUAUAGAGGGAUUACGUGAACUUACGCGGCUUCGUGUCCUAGACCUCAGCUACAAUCGCAUACUAAGAAUUGGACAUGGUCUGGCAUCCUGUUCUUCUCUAAAGGAGCUGUACCUGGCUGGAAACAAGAUCGGUGAAGUCGAGGGUUUGCACCGUUUGUUGAAAAUAAGUAUCUUGGAUCUCCGCUUUAACAAGAUUUCAACUGCCAAAUGUCUUGGACAACUUGCGGCCAACUAUAAUUCUUUGCUAGCUAUCAACUUGGAAGGGAACCCUUGCCAGAAAAACGUUGGAGAUGAACAAAUUAAGAAAUACCUGCAAGGCCUUCUUCCUCAUCUUGUCUACUACAAUCGUCAGCCUUUCAAAGCGAACGGUUUGAAGGACAGUGCAGAUCGUGCAGUUCGACUAGGAAUGAGCUCACAACAGUUUGAUCGCGGUCUUAGAGUGGAUCGCAAAACUACAAGGAAGGUGCCAUCAUCUACUCGGAGGCCAUCAACCGGGUCCUCACCAAAACAUUCCAAAGGAAAGCAAGGCCACCUCCCACCAAUCGGAACAAAACCAUCAUCCCAAAGUCGCCAUCAUUUGGAUUCUUUCGACAAAGCUUUGAGCUUGAAUUCACGGAACUUCAUGCGAAAGAGUCGCAGCGAGGGAACUCUUGAAGCUUUCUAA